GCGGCUUUCCUCUGGUCGCAGUGCGCAGGUGCCACCAAAAUCAGAAUGAGAAUGUUGAGCAAAACGAACUAGAAGGGAGCACACAUAGAUUGACGUUAUUUAUUGAACAAACAGUCAAAUAUUGAAAUAUUAACGUACGUUGCUAAAGGAUCAAAUUAGUUCAACCAUGACGGAGCCUCAGUCAGCGCUGUUACUUAGAAGACAGCUAGCAGAGCUGAAUAAAAACCCAGUGGAGGGAUUCUCAGCAGGCCUGAUAGACGAUAAUGACCUCUACAGAUGGGAAGUCUUAAUCAUCGGCCCCCCAGAUACAUUAUACGAAGGUGGUGUGUUUAAAGCCCAUCUUACAUUUCCCAAAGAUUACCCCCUCAGGCCACCUAAAAUGAAAUUUAUCACCGAUAUAUGGCACCCAAAUGUGGACAAGAACGGUGAUGUAUGUAUUUCUAUUUUGCACGAGCCCGGGGAGGAUAAGUAUGGCUAUGAGAAGCCAGAGGAGCGCUGGCUGCCCAUCCACACGGUGGAAACCAUCAUGAUUAGUGUCAUCUCCAUGCUGGCAGACCCAAAUGGGGACUCGCCCGCCAACGUGGAUGCUGCGAAAGAAUGGAGGGAAGACAGACAUGGCGAAUUCAAAAGGAAAGUUGCCCGAUGUGUAAGAAAGAGCCAAGAGACUGCCUUUGAGUGACAUCAUCAAGCGACAUCUAGCUUUUUUUUUCAGGGUCUCCAAUUGAGAAACAACGUGGCACUGUUUCCUGCACUCUACCACCCUAUUGCCAGGCUCGUCAUCAUCGACUUUGGCAAAAAUAGGCUGGCUACAAUAGGCUGCAAUAGAACAUAACUGCUAUUACAGAAGCUGACAGACAAACUCCAAGCAAGUGCCAACUCGAAAACCACAAAAGAUGAUAAAGCAUUUUUUGAAGUCUAUGAACUGCUACAACCUUCAGGAAGAUAUUGUAAAGACCUGUAUAUAGCACAGACAAAACCUGAUAAUAUAUAAACUGUUCCUAUCCAUCUAGCAAGUCACUUAGUACCAAAUAAAUAGUGCUUGUGUAGUUAGAAUUUGAAUCCUGUAAAUUCUUGAAGUCUUAGUCCACUUUCCCUUGAGCAUCCACUCUAGUAUGCAUUAGUUCUGUUACAGGUUAUGACAGGAGGGCAUGUAGAAGGCUGAACAGUUAGAUUGUGAUGUUACAUGAUUCCACUAUUGGAAAGAUGCAUCAAUUCAAGAAUGAACAGUGUCACAUGUUUAUGGUGUUUUUUUGGGGGGGUCAUUGGGCAGCAUCAUAAUACACAUAGCAUGCUUGGGUUCCAUCUCACUCUCAGCACUGCAGGUAAAGUCAGCAUUGAACUAGGAUGUAUGUGUGUGUGUAUGUUUUUGUUAAGGUUUGCAACAGGCUAAAUAGCCUUUGAAAAAGGGACAUACCAAUUGUCAUGCAUGAAUUGUUUUUAAUUUGUAUUUUUUCAAAAGUGCCUCCUAUAAAUUGCUUGGUAAUUGCACCCUACAUUGAAGAGUUAGUGUCAGAAAAGUUGUGCAACACAACAUGCACUUGUGUGAAGUAUUUUUUCAAACCUUUUCACAAGGAUGAUGUGUGAUUAGAACAAUUUGGUGUAGCAAUAACUUUCCCCAGAUUGUGAACUGUCUUAUUUUUUAGUUUGGGUUGAAAUAGGGUCUGUUUUUCCAAUAUUCACCUUGUGGAAGAUUAUUUUAGCAGGGCUUGUUUUUUGUGUGGUAUCUUAAGUAGGAAUUGUGCAUGCUUUAAUGUUUUGUGAAGUUUGUUUCAAGUUUUUGGCUUAAGUAUGAGUGUGUGCGUGCAAGUGUGUUUGUGUGUGCCCCUUUUUCCUCACCCACUCCCCAUCAACUAUUUGCUUUAUUUUAUUCUGGCUCACUGAUGGUGUACUGCAGUUUACUUGCCUAAUGUACAAAGACAAAAUACUGAUGUAUAUUUUUCAUGUUAUAAAAUUGUCACCUGUAGUGAGUUCUUCUAAAAUAUGAUUUUCUUUUUUCAA